CUGACGGCUCCUACUAUGUUCCUCCCAAUCCCAAAUACCGAUCCUUUGAGUCCAUUGCUCACCAAACAUGUCCCUCCGGAACAAAGGCCGCGAAGGGAUGUGACUGGAGAGUGGACUGGCAGAGAGAUGCACGAGAUGGUUAUGUCAAAUUCGUGGCGAGCACUGGCGAGAAUGGCACGAGGACCUCAUUGUGGAACUAAGCAAUUGCCUUCUGUCCAGCUCUGGUCCCUCCGCCUAUCUGCCCUGGCUCGUCUCCGUCUCACUAACCAGGCCUCUGCGGAAUGCACCAACCUCUUCGCCGUCUUGAAUGCGAUCCCACCCACUGCAUCUACAGCGAGCUUAGCAUCUGGCGCAACUCGAGCACUCGCGACACGUUUGAGUGCGCUGUCUGCGUACCCGUUUGAACUAUCGGUCUUGCGGGCGCGAGUCCAUUAUUGGGCGGGAGACGUAAGGGGAUAUAUCGACGCGCUUGCUGGGCUGUUGGCGGGGUGUAAGGCAAAGGCGAGGGCUGAGGAGGCCAACUUCUCAAUGUGGCUCGAACGUUCCGCCCGCGUAUGCCUUAUGAUCGCGAGCCAGCUAGUCGAGAUAAAGGAUUAUCAUGCCGCGAUAACACUCCUCACGCCGCUGUGCACGCAACAGCUUUCCCCAGGUACCGGCGCCGCACCAACACCUGUGCCGUCGCCUGCUAUCCAUUCUGCUGUUGCUCGUAUCUAUCUUCUCUCUGGAAAUAUCCCGAAAGCAACGGAGCAUUUCAAGAUCGUCGCCUCGUGCGCGGACGCCGAGCCUGGCACCGUCGCGAUGAAUACGGCCCUCUUGUGUUCUGCUAGUGGAGAUUGGCCUCGUGCAGAGGCAGCGCUAAGGGGGGUGCUAGAGCAGGAUCCUCGGAAUUACACUGCGAUGAACAAUCUCGCUGUGACUUUGCUCGCGCAAGGAAGGGUCAGGGAUGGCAUCGGACUCCUUGAAUCGGCUAUACAUGCGUCCCCCGCGUCUGUGCUCUCUGCGGAGCCUUUCAUCUUCAACCUUUCAACUCUGUACGAGCUUCGUUCUUCUACCGCUAUUGACAAAAAACGGGAGUUGUUAGUAGAGGUUGCGAGGUGGAGUGGGGACGGGCUUAGGGCAACGUGCUUGAAGAUGCCCUCCACUUGA